AUGACAAAAGGAUUCGCAACCAUCACUCCCGAAUGCGAGGAAGUAUUCGACGAGGUCAAAGGCACCGACAACCUCAAUUACGUCAUCUACGAAGCCUCCGCACACGACAAGAAGAUCACUGUCGCCGAGUCCGGCAAAUACAAGGAUUACGCCGAGUUCCUCUCCCACUUCAAGGAUGAUACUCCCCGAUACGCGGUUGUAGACUUCACCUACGACUCUCCUGCCGGCGAUGGCCAGCGAAGCAAGCUAGUCUUUAUCACAUGGGUGCCCGAGGCUGCCGGCAUUCAUGACAAAUCUUACUACACGUCGAACAAAGAUCAUCUCUUCUACGAGCUCCAGGAUAUCAGUCUUCAUGUCCUGGCACAUUCGCAGGCAGACCUGGCUCAUGCUGCAAUCCUGGGGAAGUUCAAGGCUCUCUAG